AUGAAGAAUGAUCAAUAUUCUUCCUGGGCGGAAUUGUUCAAGACCACUACCCGAGCCUAUCAAGUCAUUGAGCACAUCAUUCCCCCCAUCACCGCUGCCGACUCCUCUGACUUUGACGCUGACGAUGGCAACAACGUCGCAGACAAAACUACCGACACCACUGUCGCCAAGACUACCGAAACCUCCGCCGACGAUGCAUCAACCUGGCAGCGUUUGGAUGCCGUGGUCCUCCAAUGGAUCUACGACACUAUCUCCAAUGAUCUAUUGCACACAAUCAUUGAGCCAGACUCAACGGCCCAACAGGCAUGGGAUUGCCUUGACGAUAUUUUCCAGGACAAUAAAAAUUCCCGGGCCGUCUACUUGGAAAAUCAGUUCACCAACACCCGCCUUGAGAAUUUUUCGAAUGUCUCUGCCUAUUGUCGUGCCUUGAAGGUUCUUUCUGAUCAACUUGCCAACGUCGGUGUGCCUGUCACCAACCACCGCCUUGUUCUCCGCCUCGUCAACAAACUCCCGGCCCAGUAUGACACUGUUGCAUUUUUAAUUCAACAAACGGAACAUCUCCCUCCUUUCUACAAAGCCCGCUCCAUGGUCACCUUGGAGGAGACCCGCAAAGCUCACCAGGCCGGAUCCUCAUCCGCCGCUGCCUUAGUCUCCUUGGCAAACCCCCCUCCUCGGGCCACAGAUCACUCAGCAGUACAUGCUGCCUCUCAGGCCGCAAACCCGCCGCAUAAUCAACACUAUGGCAGUCAGCACAGUCGCGGUCGUGGAGGACGAGGCCGAAAUAACGAAAAUCGCAGUCGCAAUCACAACGGGGAUGGACGCGGUGGCAAUCAUCAUCCUCCGACGCAAAUUUAG